GAGCGUCCAUCCAUAUUGUGGUAAAUGUGACCGGAAGUUUUGGACGGUUUUAUACUGCGCCUGAUGUUAUGGCCUUUGCGUCACUGGAGCUUUAAAACACCGUAAUCGAGCUAAACCGAACCAGACCAUAAUAGAUCGAACGCAUGGACUAGAACACUGUCUGAGAACCUGGACUCAAACCUGGAUUAAAACCCUAAAAGUCCUGGCGUUACGAAGUGGCAACCCUCGACAUUCGGAGGGUUGAACCCGAUUCAGGACGCUUCGGGACCGUUCGGGAACCGGUAGGCCUGCCUUGCCAAUAUGGCUGAUGUUGAGGUUUCCCUGUCCCUCGCUCUGCGGCCGCUCCAUUUUAGCCCCUCCCACUCAGCUCCACCCCCUGUACCAACCUCGUCCUGCUCUCCCACCACCUUCUCCUGUCCCUCCUCCCCCUCCAGCGCUUCUUGUUCUUCCUCUUCCUGUUCUGAGAGUUCCUCUGAUUGCCCUGCCCACCAUCAUCAUCACCAUCAUCAGCCUCGCCCCCAGCUCCAGCUGCCUCCACCCUCCCACAUUGAGCAGCCGUCUUCCCCUAGCGCCAGCCCCCGCAGCUCCAGCCCCAGCGGCAGCAUUGGCAGCACCGGCAGCCUUGGCAGCAGCACUAGCGAUGGUAUCGGCAGCAGUGACGUGUCGAGUGGUGGCGAUCUUCGAGGUCCCAGUCCCCCAUUGGAUGUAAUCUCUGAGGAUGCCAUGGAAAUGGACCUGGGGUCUGACCAAGUAAUUAACCCAGAAGUGGCCCAGAAGGCUUGUCAGGAGGUGCUUCUCAGUGUGAAGCGUCGCAACAGGGACAUGCCAGAAAUGACUCACAAGCAACCCCAAGAUGAUAUCGCAGCAUACUCCGCCACACAGGAGCACGUGGAUCCAGACUUUGGCUCCGUCAAGGAGGAAGGUGAGCACAACAACAGCGCCUCUCAGGGUUUUGAAAACCUCAGAGAGGGUCUAAGGCGAGGCUGUUCCUCUCAGCAACACCCGCUUCCUUCAGGACGACCAGCACCAUUCUCCUCUCCACUUCCAACAUCGUCAUCAUCAAAACAGUCAUGGCUGCUGCGACUGUUUGAGUCAAAGCUGUUUGAUGUUUCCAUGGCAAUCUCCUACCUGUACAACUCUAAGGAACCUGGGGUGCAGGCGUAUAUUGGGAACCGCCUGUUCAGCUUCCCUGACAGGGAGGUAGACUUCUACUUGCCGCAGCUGCUCAACAUGUAUGUGCAUAUGGACACUGAGGUGGGAGACGCCAUCAGACCAUACCUGAUCCAUCGUUGCCGGCGCAGUAUCACCUUCUCACUGCUGUCAGCGUGGCUCUUGUGGGCGUACUCGUCCGACAUGCACAUCUCUACUCAGCGUCACUCCAGAGGAAACAAACUGCGCAAACUCAUCCUCUCCAACGAGCUUAAACCCUGUGACACAAACGGACCGCGGACACUUUCUGUCUCAAAUAGCCCCGCCUCCUCUCCAUCCCAUCGUCAUUGUCACUGGAGACACAACAGCAACAAUGUCGAACCCGGCCCACCUCAAGAAAGCCCUAAUUCUGGAGAGGCAGAGGUGUUUGCAUCGCCAACCAAGAAAACACACCAGCGGUCCAAGUCGGAUGCCACUGCAGUGACCAGCGGUCCCAGCGGUCUCCGACGGACGGGGAGUAAUCCAAAGGUGGAGGUCAUCCAUGAAGAGCCGGAGCGUCUCCGUCCACAACGGGAGUUUGUAAAGUCGUUGCUGUACAUUGGCAAGCGUCUGGCCACGUUGCCGACCAAAGAGCAGAAGACACAGCAGCUGAUCUCAGAACUGUCAUCGCUCAACCACAAACUGCCAGCUCGAGUGUGGUUGCCGACUGCUGAACACCAGCACCAUGUAUGCCGGAUCCCCCAUACCCAGGCCGUGGUGCUCAACUCCAAGGACAAGGCUCCAUACAUCAUCUACGUGGAAGUUUUGGAGUGUGAGAGCUUUGAGACUUCGCCUGUUCCAGUUCGAAUCCCAGAGACAAGAAUCCGGUCUGCACGGUCUGCAGAGAACCUGGACUGCGACAGUAUGGCUACAUCUAACUGCAGUAGCGGGACUGUCCUCGGCAGUGGUGGGAUGACAUUCGAGCACAGAGCCGCAAGCUUUUCCACCGUCCAGAACUAUGACAAUGACGAUGAGGCAUGGGCGACCGACGAUAUCGGCCAGCUUCAGGUGGAGGCAGAGGCUCAGACUAGCAGCAGUGAUAACAUCAGUCAGUUUUCAGUCGACAGCAUCACCAGCCUGGAGAGCAAAGAACCAAUGUUCAUCGCUGCUGGAGACAUCAGGCGGCGUCUGUCAGAGUACCUUGCUCAGACACCCACCUCCUUCAGGAGAGACCCCGAGGACCCAUCUGCUGUCGCCCUCAAAGAACCCUGGGAGGAGAAAGUCAGGCGGAUUAGGGAAGGUUCCCCGUAUGGCCACCUGCCGACCUGGAGACUCUUGUCAGUCAUUGUAAAGUGUGGUGACGACCUCAGACAGGAGCUGCUGGCCUACCAGGUCCUCCGUCAGCUUCAGUCAAUCUGGCAGCAAGAGCGUGUUCCUCUGUGGAUCAAACCCUAUAAGAUCCUGGUGAUGUCAUCAGACAGUGGCAUGAUCGAGCCUGUCCUCAAUGCCGUCUCUUUGCACCAGGUCCGGAAGCAGAGCCAGUUGUCUCUGCUGGACUACUUCCUGCAGGAACACGGCAGCUGUACCACCGAGGCCUUUCUCACCGCACAGAGGAACUUUGUCCAAAGCUGCGCCGGCUACAGCCUCAUCUGCUACUUGUUGCAGGUGAAAGACAGACAUAAUGGGAACAUCUUGCUGGACUCUGAAGGCCACAUCAUCCACAUCGACUUUGGUUUCAUCCUGUCCAAUUCUCCACGUAACCUCGGCUUUGAGACGUCCGCCUUCAAACUCACCACAGAGUUUGUUGAUGUGAUGGGCGGUCUGGACGGUGACAUGUUUAACUACUACAAGAUGUUGAUGCUUCAGGGUUUGAUCGCUGCCAAGAAACACAUGGAGAAGGUUCUGCACAUCGUGGAGAUCAUGCAACAAGGUUCCCACCUGCCCUGCUUCCACGGUUCGAGCACCAUCCGCAGCUUGAAGGAGCGUUUCCACAUGUCGCUGACAGACGAGCAGCUGCAGCUGCUGGUGGAGCAGCUGGUUGACGGCUCCAUGCGCUCCAUCACCACCAAACUCUACGACUCCUUUCAGUACGUCACCAAUGGCAUCAUGUGACCAACAGCGCCUCUUCAUGGUGCAGCGGACACACUGCCGGUUUACAGACUCCUUUCUUCAAAUCAUCCCAAGUGGCCGCUGGGAAA